GAGGCACCCAUCAGCUUGCGUCAGGUCGCGGCCUUGACGUGUGUAGCGAGCACGCGCGUUUCAGUCCUCUCAGUCCGCCGACAGGGGUAAAAGAUGGCCGCGUCCGUGUGCAGAUUUGGUGGAGCUAUGGGCCAAGCUCUGGCUAAAGCCAGAAGUCCCGUUCUGCUUUCUCUAAGACGGGGACAAGCAACUGUGUCCUAUGCCCAAAGCCUGCUGAGUGUUCCAGAGACGCGGGUCACAACACUGGAGAAUGGAUUGAGAGUGGCUUCGGAGACUACAGGUCAUGGCACAUGCACGGUUGGCCUGUGGAUCAAUGCCGGGAGUAGAUAUGAGUCUGAGAAGAAUAACGGUGCUGGGUUUUUCCUGGAGCACUUAGCUUUUAAGGGCACAAAGAAGAACACCCAGUCUGCAAUUGAACAAGCAGUGGAGUCAAUGGGAGCUCAUCUAAGCGGAUAUACUUCUCGUGAACACACUGCAUAUUACAUGAAGGCCCUUGCAAAGGACCUACCAAAAGCGGUGGAGCUCUUGUCUGAGAUGGUUCAGAACGCAUCUUUAAGCGAGGCUGAGAUAGAGCAGCAGAGGGGAGUGGUGCUCAGAGAGCUGGAGGAGGUGGAGGCCAGCCUGCAGGAUGUCUGCAUGGAUCUGCUUCACGCCACUGCAUUCCAAGGCACGCCUCUAAGCCAGAGUAUACUGGGACCCUCUCAGAAUGCCAGGACUUUGACACGACAGGAUCUGGUGGAGUACAUCAGUAGCCACUACAAGGCUCCUCGCAUGGUGCUGGCUGCUGCUGGAGGUGUGAACCAUGAGGAGUUGGUGGGGCUGGCGAAGCAGCACUUAAGCAGUGUUUCAUUUGAAUAUCAGGAUGAUGCUGUGUCCUUGCUGUCUCCUUGCCGUUUUACUGGCAGCGAGGUUCGAAUGCGUGAUGAUGCCAUGCCAUUGGCACAUGUUGCUAUUGCAGUGGAGGGUGCUGGGGCUGGCAGUCCUGACAUUGUGCCAAUCAUGGUUGCUAAUUCCAUCAUCGGCAGCUAUGAUGUUACAUUUGGCGGUGGCUUGCACCUGAGCAGUCGUUUGGCACGUCUGGCUGUAGAGGGCAACCUUUGCAAUAGUUUUCAGUCUUUUCACUCCACCUACAAUGACACUGGUCUGAUGGGCAUCUACUUUGUCACAGACAAGCACAAGAUUGAGGACAUGAUGCACUGGGCUCAGAAUGCAUGGAUGAACUUGUGCACCACAGUGACCGAGAGUGAUGUAGCCAGAGGAAAGAAUGCCCUGAAGGCCAGUUUGGUAGGACAGCUGAAUGGCACCACACCAAUCUGUGAUGACAUUGGCAGGCACAUUCUAAACUAUGGCCGUCGCAUCUCAUUGGCCGAAUGGGAUUCCAAAAUUGAUGCUGUGACACCCAAGACAGUGCGUGACAUUUGCUCCAAAUACAUCUAUGACAAAUGCCCUGCUGUGGCUGCUGUUGGUCCAAUUGAGCAGCUUCCUGACUACAACAGAAUGCGCAGUGCAAUGUACUGGCUUCGGUUCUAAAUCCUCAUAUGGGUUUAUCGGUUUUCCUGUUAUCUCUUUAUAUUCUGCUCCCCACUUUGCAAACAGCCUGCACUUACAGCAAAACAGAUUUUUAUUGGCAGUGGACAAACAAAACUGGAAUGCACAUCAAAAUUGAAUAUAUGAUGUUAAUGAGCUACUUUAGCCUUUUACCAAGGAGGAAAGUCCAAUGGCUGCAUUACAUAAUUAAUUAAGAAAAGCGUAAAUGUAAGGCUGAGGAAAUUGGUGAAUGGGGUAGAAUAUAUUUAAACAGAAGAUGCAGGAAAAUUCAAUCUCACAUGUCAGGAAACAUCAGAAGUAUUUAUGAAAUAAUGUGAUGUUUUGUUUCUGUCCUUUAUUGUACAUAACAGAAGCUCCCAUUCUGAAUCCAAUUAAAUAAGGUUAACACCGA